GCGUUCGUGCGCUCGUGGGAGUCACAACGUUCUCGCGAACAAACAUGACUUCGUCGUCGUCAUCGUCGUCGUCGUCGACUUCAUGAUCUUUAGCGAUCUCGCCCUGGUUGUGGUCGUUGUCUUGGUCGGCAUCCUCAACCUCGCUCUCGUCCGUGAUCAUGACGGGCGUCGUGUACCGCAUGGCCACUUGUCUUUCCCUGCGCUGGCCGAGUUGUUGUUUCGGGCAGGGUGUAUCGGCGGUCGUUUGUCUGCGGGACGUUCCUGAUGGUGGCGUCCAAAACACUUCCUCCUCCUCCUCGUCCCCCUCCUCUGAUGGGGUCGCCGCGCGCAGCCUCUUGUGCAGCGGUCUGUUCAGGUAAAAGUCCGGCGGGGCCCGGUUCUUUGGUGUCUUUUUGGUCGCCAAGCUCUUGGCCAUCAGUCGGGGUGCCUGCGGUUCUGGAGUUGUCGCCGUGGUGGUUGUUUCCGCCACCAUCAUCUCCGCGCAGCCCUUCUGCGGCGAGGUAUGUUUGUUGUUGCGGAGAUGCAUCCUUUCCGCACUCGUUGUUCUUCCGGCUCUCGGGACCGAAAUGCCAGAGUUCCGGAUCUGGCAAAGUCGCGACCGCCGUUGCCCCGGUGAGUGAAAGUGGCCGCUGUUGCCCCGGUGCCUGGGAUGUGCUCUUUGCGCUCCGCAGCGCCGAGAGAGUAAAGACUGGAGUCCUGUGCUAUGCCUUAAUGCUGGUGUGUGAGUGUGCGCCGAGCGAUAUGUGAAUGUAUUCUGUUGUAAAUCUGGAGAUCGUCGCGAAUCUUCUUUUGUCUUUACACAUUGGCCGUCUCUCUGGUCUCGUGUUUUCUUCUCGCUGUUCUCCAUCUCCAAAAGUUCUAGCGAGCGUAAUAGCAGGCUUUAUAUGGUACUGUAAUUAAGCUAAGGGCCAAGCUUUUCCCCCAAGAGUCGGUUUCUUGGCUGCCUCAUCUCCUUGCUGUCCGCGCGCGCGCGUGCCUGCACGGAUGUGUUCCCGAGGUAUCUAAGGUGAGGUAUCUAGGUAUGGCCAUGCCUGGCAGGUAUUCACAAAGGGGGGAGGACGGUGAUGAUGAUGAUGAUGAUGAUGAUGAGUGAUGCCUUGCUUUUCAGGAAGAUCCUGGGCCAUCGAGUGAGUGAGGG